AUGGUUAGUCAUUCCUGUAUAUCUGGCAACGCUAGUAGUACAUCAAAUGUAGACUUUUUCGCUGAUCCCACGCCAGACAUGAGUCCCUUCACGGCUCUCGUCGGACCCGAAGGCCGGUUUCUACAGGCGUUGAACGCGUCAAACAUUUCAUACAAAGUGGUCGUCAAUAACUUCCAGUCAGUGAUCGAUAGGGAAUGGGUGGCCAACACUAGACAGUCGGGUAAAGUGGGCUUUGAUUACGACAACAAAUAUAAUACUUACGAAGAUAUCACGACUGAACUCAAGAGGAUUGGAUCCGCAGGUGGUAAAGCAAAGUAUGGUAGCGUUGGUAAGAGCUAUGAGGGCAGGGAAAUACCCUAUUUAACAAUCACUAAACCUGGUGGCACCAAUAAGAAAACAAUAUUUUUUGAAUGUGGAAUACACGCUCGAGAAUGGGUGGCAGUGGCCGCCUGUUUAUGGGUAACUAAUCAAUUGGUGACCACAACUACUUAUGAUAAUCUGUUGGAUAAAUACGAGUUUAUAAUUGUGCCCACGCUUAACCCCGACGGUUAUGUCUACACUCACACCGUAAACAGAAAAUGGCGUAAAACACGGUCAAAGUCGGGCCUGUGUUUUGGCGCCGACCCUAAUAGAAACUGGGACGCGGCCUUUUGCGAAACGGGUGCCUCGACUGACCCGUGCGAUGAUAAAUACUGCGGCAAAUCAGCCUUUUCUGAACCCGAGACUAAAGCCAUGUCUGAAUUGAUCGCCACUAAGGCGUCCAAUACUGCCGGCUAUUUCUCAAUUCACUGCUUCGGUCAGCUGUUUAUGUAUCCGUGGGGUCAUAAAGCGGGUAAUCCACCCAAUUAUGCCCAAUUGGAUAAGUUGGCUUAUUUGGGUGUCAAUGCUAUUAAAGCGACAAAUAAUGUCACAUAUACUCCUGACGUAGCGUCGGGUUGUGCUACUGAUUACGUUUACGACAAGCUUAAAAUUCAAAUGGCAUUUGCGAUUGAGCUACGACCGGACCGAUCCCACCCUGAUGGAUUUAUAUUGGAUCCCAAGUUUAUCAAACCGGUCUCUACUGAAGCCUGGAAUGGACUCCGCGCUGUUAUCGAGAAUCUUGAUAAAUAAUUAAUGUGUUUUUUCAAUAUAAUUAUUACACUUUUAAUUAUAUUUAAAUAUUGAUUCCAGAAUAAUAGUCGCAAUUAUAAGAGACA